AUGCGAUUACACUGUCUUGUAUUAAUUGACUCAUUGCUGAGCAGCAGUGUUUGUACAGUUCGAGGGAGAUACCGCAAGAAAAUAUUGCUGCUAAGGCAUGGGAAGACUAAAAGGGCUGGCCAUUGUGAAUUGGUGAUUAUUAAUUCUCGAAAACAGAUGGAAAAAGUACUUCAAAUUAAUUCAUGCAGUGUUAGGCGAUUUCAUUUUAAAAGUGCAGUUUGUGGAUGUGUUACGAUUGAGCUACAAAAUCCACCUCUUAUAAUCUGUAUUAAAGAGGCUCCAGUAUUUUCGCUAAGAAAUUUUGUGGUGAAAAUACAGCAAGUUUUGAGAGGUGAAUUAGUGGUUCUUGAAGAUGUCAAAGGAAUUCCAUCAAUGGAUUUCGCAUUUCCAGUGAAAAAACUGAACAUUUGCAGUCAAAAGGACUACGAGGACAACAAAAGAGGAUUUCCUUCUAGCUUGCAAGAAUUAACUGUGUCGAAUAUUGGUUUGACAACAGUUGAUAGUCGAUGGUUUGGAGCUAUUAAUCUUGUUCGACUUGAUCUCAGCAGUAACAAACUUGGUUGUUCAGAUAUAUUUCAAACCAAAUUUUUGAAUAUUGCUCGGCUGAAGCUACUUAAAAUACUUAUACUGUCUGGGAAUGAAAUAGAAUGCAUUUCGGAUGAUCUAUGGCGUGCUUUACCAGAAAAACUUACGGUUUUAAAUUUAUCAGCUAAUCGAAUUUCCUUUCUGUCGCCGUGUUCUAUGCGAUUUCCGUUUCUUACUCAUUUAUUUCUCUCUGGGAACAAGAUUGAAGAAUUACCGCGAAAUAUAAAGAAAUUGAAAAAUUUACGGUUUCUGGAUAUCAGUUACAAUGCAUUGAAGUUUCUUCCACAUGAGAUCAAAUCCUUAUCACUUGAUACACUUGAUAUCACAGCUUAUAAUAGGGAAGAAGUUCCGAGAGUGCAACGUUUGCUUUCUGAACUUGAUCAAAGCAAAAAACAGCUAAUCAGAGUUGGAUCUCUAUUCGAGUGUGCAGCAGCUGCCAUUUUGAAUCAAGGAAUCGAUCCAUCUCCUUUGCCGAAAUGGUUGUAUUCGGUGAUGGUAAAAUCAGCUGAAUAUUGCACCAGCCCAACUGGGAAGUCCAAAUAUUUUCCUGCCAGCAUAGUUGCGAAGAAAGUAUGUUUGUUUAUCCUACCUAAUGCACUGUAUUAUGAUAUGAAAAUGCAACUAAAACAUUUUUAUCAACUCAUUGGUAUUUAUAAUCAGGAGCGCAAUCGUAUUUCAUGUGUAGUUCGUUAA